AUGCUGUCUCUCCAAGGUCUUGGCGUACUGAUGCUUCUGGGCGUCGCAGAAGGUAUCCCGCAAUCAGAUGGAAGUCAGCCACUUCUAAAGCACCAUGCGAAUGUACGAAGGGACAACGCAAAUGAUGACGUACCUACCGAUAUGCUUGGGGUGAUGGGUCCUCAGACAGACUACAGAACAAUGCCAGCAGGCACUUACACCGAGACAAUCUCAACAGACCUCGUCAGGAUAAUCGUCGUCAAUGAACCAACGCCAACAACAGGCAAUCAGGCAAAAUGCCCUGUAGAGUGUGAUUGCACAAGGAUAAAAGAUAAGAACAGCGAUGAAUACGCCCAGUGCUUGACCAACGCAGCAUGCAGACCAUGCAGAGAGCCAAAUCUCACAGCUUCGUCAACGAUAAAGCCAAAGGCAACAUCCUGUCCCGCGGAGUGCGACUGCACCAAGAUCAAAGACGAGCAAAGCCAAGAGUAA